UAUAAAUCGAAAGGACAACAUAGAGAAAAUGAGACAGGCGCUGCCCGUCCUGGGGUACGAACAAGAAAUUAUCGAAGCGAUCCUAAAUUACGAUGUUGUGUUUAUAAGUGGAGACACGGGAUGCGGAAAAUCUACACAAAUUCCUCAGUUUGUUUAUGAGCACGGGUUCUGCACAGAUAAUUACCUCAUCGGCGUGACAGAACCGAGAAAAAUAGCUGUAAGAAGCAUUUCGAAUAGGUUAAACGAAGAACUAAACAUUGAAGAUGUAGCUGGGUAUCAAAUAAGAUUCGAAAAAUCGCAUUUUUUAAAAAACAGUAAAAUAAAAGUUAUGACGGAAGGUAUACUGCUAAGAGAAAUUAUGAACGACUUUAUUUUGUCAAAAUAUGCUGUUAUUAUCCUAGACGAAGCCCAUGAGAGAAGCAUAAACAUGGAUUUAAUUUUAGGCCUCCUGUCAAUCAUCUGCAAAAUUAGAAAAAACAAUUAUUUCGCAUACAAAUCGAAUGUCAUUCCAAUUAAAGUCAUCAUUAUGUCUGCAACUAUUAAUGAUACCCACUUUUUUGAAAAUAAAAUUUUUACAAAUUAUACCUCCAUCAACAUUCCAACGGAAAAAGUCCCCGUGGUAGAUCACUUCCUCUCCUACACGCCUCAAAACUAUAUUGAAGAAGCGAAAAAAAAAGUUAUACAGAUUCAUAAAAGGCUACCACCUGGUAGCAUACUAGUGUUCUUAACAAGCCAGGAAGAAAUUUAUCGUUUAUAUAAUUUACUCAACAAUUUGAAAAUGUCCGAAAAAAACACACAAGUAGGAGAUGAAAAAAAAAUACAUACACUUGAACAUACUAAUGAGGAAGCGAAAAAAACGCAGAACGAAAAUAUAAAUUCUUUUGACCUAAGUGAGGACGAAAAAAACGCGAAUGAUAAUAAUUGCAGUUUUUUUUUCAGGUCAACGGAUGAAAAUAAAGAAAAGCGAAUUAUAUUUGAAGCAUCCGACAGUGACGACGAGGAUGCUCCUUUGCACAGCGCCCUGUCGGUAAGCGCAUCUGACCUUACGGAGCAAUGUGAAAAUGAUGCCGAUGGAUAUGAAGAAAAUUACAGUUUAUUGAAUAAUCCCAGCAGUGCAGAAGCGAACCAAAAGGACAACAACGCAGAAUCAAACGGCUUGGGAAAAACGGAGAACGGGAAUGACGCCCCCCCCUGCUGUGGGAGCAGUCAGACUGAAGAAGGUGAGGUUGGCGAAGGAGGCCCCCCUUCGGAAGGACAUACCAAGGGGGAUGAUCAUUAUGGUGAAGAUGUCGAAAAUGGGAAUGAACUGUCGGAGGAUAGCCAAUCUUGUAGUGAACACACGCCGGACAACCAACCGGGUGAUGAACAAACGGAAGGACAGCCCAACGAACGCACAGUCAACGGAGAAGGGAAAAAACAAAAGAACAAACAAGAAUCAAGUAUUUGGAAGGGAAGCGACGGGUCAGGCAGACUAAAAGUUUUUAAGCUCUUUGCAAAUAUGCACAUGCAGGAACAACUAAGUUUAUUUAACGACCCUAGGGAUGAUGAGCGAGUCUGCAUUAUAAGCACAAACAUAGCAGAGACGUCUAUCACCCUGCCAAACAUUCGCUACGUAGUGGACUGCGGAAAGGAAAAGAGAAAAAUUUACUCAACAUUGAACGAUUAUUCCUACUACGUUAUUGAUAACAUAAGUAAAAGUUCUUCAAUCCAAAGAAAAGGAAGAGCAGGUCGAAUCUUACAUUUAUUAAAAAAAAAUAAAAAAAAUAAAAAGAAAAUAGAAACAGAAAAGGGACAUGUGUACAAAUUAUAUUCAUCAAAUUAUUACAACUAUUUUUUCAAAAACGAUAAUGAUUUCCCAAUUUUGAACUACCCCCUUGACUCCCUAAUUUCUGCUAAGUUUUAAAUGGCCUCAAAAAAAAGUAUCGAAAAUCAUAUAAACAUGUUUAACCCGAAGCAUAAAAGCGGAAUUACCACUACUGGUAGUUUCGUCCUGUCCCUACCGAUAAGCACAAGAUAUGCUAAAAUUUUAACUGACGUUUGCCUAAAAUCGUUAGCGAUUAAUCACACCAGUUCAAUCCCGUUAGCCUGUCUCCUAGUCUCGUGUUUAUAUUUGGAGUCCAUUUUUUCGUACGACUACAAGCUCAAGGCGAAGUACGGCAAAGGAGGAAAAAAAAGGAAAACCCUCAUGAAUGGAAACAGAGCGAAGAGUAGUAGCCAAACGAAUGCUAAUGACACCCUCAGCAGACGUAACUACAAUUUAGCAAGCUUAAUUUUUAAAAAGAACGACGAAAAUGAAAAUCAAAGUGAUGUGAAUAGUUGUUCCUCUGGUGAUGUACCCACCGACGAGAGCAAUUCAUCAGAAGGAAAUUCCCCAAACAGCGAUAAAAAGGAUAACACUCUUGAUAAUUUUAAAUUAAGAUUCGAUAACGACAUUGACUUUUACAUGAACGUGUGUACCUCCUUUUAUUUUUCAAAGGACAAAAAUCAUUUCUGUUGUAGCAUGCACUUGGACAAGAAAAAAAUGGAAGAACUACUCAAAUUGUCCAACCAUUUAAUAAAAAUAAUAAAUUACAAAUUUAACAAAAAUAUUAAUUUUGAUCUUUUGGAAAAAAACACAUCAGAUUUAUCCAAAAAAAUAAUUCACUAUGCAGUCAUCCAGGGAUUUAUAGAUCACUUAGCCAUUCGCUCCGACUUAAUACAUAACGAGUAUACGAGAAACUCCAAUUUAAAUUUUAAUAACAAGAAGGCUUACUUCUCCCAAAACAUGAACACACCAAUAUAUAUCAAUUCGUCUUCGCUCAUGUAUAAAAAUAGGCCGUACCCAAAAUACAUCCUGUACAAUUACAUAAUGAAGAACGCAAAGUCGUACGUCAUGUUCGACUGCCUAAGUGUAAAUGAAUCAGAUUUAGGAAAAAUAACCAACGUCUGCAUUUACAUUAACGAAUAUGAAAAAAUACCACCGGCUAAAUAUGACAUGAGGAAGGAUAAAAUCGUCGUUUGCGUGAAGCCUUUGUAUUUGCCUUAUUCUCAUUAUCUACCCAUGACGAGAAAAGAGUUAAAUGAAAACGGGUUGUUAUUUUAUAACUACCUUGCUUUGUUCAUAUUAGAUGGGUCCAUGUUUCCAAAAAUGUCAUCAUUUCAUGCGUUUUACGCCCAUUCGGCUAAUGACAUUAUCGCGUGCAGCAGCCAGCCGGUUAAGCAGUUCGUAGAUGCGCUAAGGGAGGCCAGAAUAAGCAGUAGGGCGACUUUAAUUAACAAGUGGAAAAGUCAAAACGAUUUUUUAAAGCAAGAAUUCGUAUCGUUGAUUGGAAAGAAGCUUAACAAGUAUAUUGAGCAGCUCAUCGAUAAAACGUGGCCUCCCCUAAACUGA